AUGGAUCCAUUCUCGGCUGAAGGAGAGCUCCUGAACAUCCACAACGCCUUCCACCAGGGCCAAUAUCAAGAAGUCAUCGACUUUGAUUCUUCCACCUUCUCGCCUGAAAACACUCUCACCGUUCGCGUUCUCAAGCUCCGUGCAAAAAUUGCCCUUGGACAAACAGACGAUGUCCUUGCGGAGGUGGAAGGGGAGGAAGAUGUACCUGAUCUAGCCGCCGUCAAGGUGUUGGCACUUCAGACAGCGGGCGACGAAGCAGUUGCACUUAAGGGCGCGGAGGAGCUGGUAGCAAAGAAUCCAGAAAAUGCCACUACUCAGGUUCUUAUAGGGACGGUGCUACAAGCACAAGGGAAAAGCGAGGAGGCAUUGUCGCUGUUGUCGAAACAUCAGGGAAAUCUUGAAGCCGUCGCCCUAACUGUCCAAAUCCACCUCCAACAAAACCGCACUUAUCUCGCCCAGAAGGAAAUCCAGGCUGCACGACGAUGGGCUCAAGAUUCAUUGCUUGUCAACUUGGCUGAGUCAUGGAUAGGCCUGAGAGUGGGUAGUGAGAAAUACCAAUCCGCAUUCUAUGUUUAUGAAGAACUUGCCUCCAAUCCCAAUACUUCGUCUCCCAUCUCAAUUGUUGGCCAAGCUGUUUCAGAACUACACCUAGGCCGUUUACCCGAGGCUGAAGUCGCCCUUCAAUCGGCUCUGGAAAGAUACCCUAAUGAUAUUCAGACGAUCGCAAAUCUGAUUGUCCUGAAUGUAUUGAGUGGAAAGGACGCGACUGAGCUCACCUCAUCCCUUCAAAAGGUACAACCAGACCAUCCACUCCUUACCGAUCUAGCUGAGAAGAGCGCAUUUUUCGAUGCCGCCGCGUCAAAAUAUGCCGCAAAGGUGUCCUCAUAG